CGCGGCAGCCACGGAGCGGCGCAGGAGUGUGUGUGUGUGUGUGUGUGUGCGGGGCGGCUCCACUUUCAAACACAGCGCCCAUCUUUAACACAACACAACAUAACCGGACAGACCCCGUCCCGUAGCGAGAUACUGCCGUUCAUGUGUGACGUGUAAUGAGGAAAGACAACAGAGAGAGGAAGGACGCGUAACAUGAUCGAAACAAUGGAUACCCAGCGUUGUCUGCAGGCCGUGGAGAGGUUACAGUCUCGCUUGAAAGAAAAGGGAGCAGACGUUCCUGCCGAGGAGAAGCUGAAUCUUCUGAAGGCGGUUCUGCAGAGUCCUCUGUUUCACCAGAUCCUCGCGCUGCAGAAAUCAGUGCAGCACCUGAAGGAGCAUACUCCAUGUAUUAACCCUGAUCUGAAGGACAGCGAUGAAGGAUUCUCAGCUCAGCUCAAUGGACAACCUUCAUCUGAAGAGUACAAACACAUCAUCCGCUCCAUGGCUCAGGGUCGGUACGUGACUCAAAUCGACCUGCUGAAGCCAGUAUCAGGUGGUUUGGGCUUCAGUGUGGUUGGCUUGUGUAGUGAGAACCGUGGAGAACUUGGCAUCUUCAUUCAGGAGAUACAGGCUGGAAGUGUGACAUAUAGCGAUGGAAAACUAAAGGAGGGGGAUCAGAUACUGGCGAUUAACGGUCAGCCGUUGGAUCAGAGCGUCAGUCACCAGCAGGCCAUCGUUCUCCUGCAGCGAGCGUCGGACUGCGUGAGCCUCACUGUCGCCCGUGGGCCCGUCCCACAGCUCUCCAGCCCCGUGGUGUCCAGGACUCCCAGUGCUGCCAGCACACUUUCAGCUCACUCCAGUGCGGCCCACUGGACUCAUGUGGAGACGAUCGAGUUGGUGAACGAUGGAACUGGUUUGGGCUUCGGGAUUGUUGGCGGUAAAACCACCGGCGUUAUUGUCAAAACUAUCCUACCUGGAGGCAUCGCUGACCAGGACGGUCGCUUGCGAAGUGGGGAUCACGUCCUGCGGAUCGGUCAUACAGAUCUAUUUGGUCUGAGCAGUGAGCAGGUUGCUCAAGUUUUGAAACAAUGUGGAAACAGAGUCCGACUCCUCAUCAGCCGUGGGACAGUGGAUGACGCUCCUUCCACUCCUGUCACCCUGCCAACCGUCACUGAGCAACAGGGUUUUGAGGAAGAGGAGCAGGACUCUUUCGAUGUGAGCUUGACGAAGAACGCUCAGGGGUUAGGCAUCACCAUCGCGGGGUAUGUGGGUGACAAAACCUCAGAACCCUCUGGAAUAUUCGUGAAGAGCAUUUCGAGGGACAGCGCGGUGGAGCAAGACGGCCGAAUUCAUGUUGGGGAUCAGAUCAUAGCUGUAGACGGUUUGAACAUCCAGGAUUACACUAACCAGCAGGCCGUGGAGGUCCUGAGACACACGGGUGAGACGGUAAACCUGAAGCUCGUCCGCCGUGGCUUUAACCUGGAGGACGUGUGCCCGUCAAUCACACCUGUCGCCGUGGAGACCACACCCAUCCUCAGCGCAUCACGAAACUCAACAAUGGAGCGAACGAACACCGAGCACGAUGAGAGAGUGUUUCUCACUCCAGAGGAAAAGGCCAAACCUCAGUCUGUCACUGCUUCACCCGUCAGAGCUCCAGACAGACGCGCCGGUCCUGUGGAGGAGCACACACUAAUGCAGAAGUGGCAGAACGAGCUUGGCGUCUGCACUGAAGUCAUUGUGGCUCAAGUGGAGAAGUUCAGUGAGAACAGUGGUUUAGGGAUCAGUCUGGACGUGUGUGCUGACCGUCACAUCCUCCGCUCAGUGCUUCCUGAGGGUCCCGUCGGGCGAUCGGGAAAAAUCUGUAGUGGAGACGAACUGCUAGAGGUGAAUGGCAUUCCCCUCAGAGGAGAGACUCAUAAAGAGGUUGUUGACAUUCUGAAAGAACUUCCUGUUUCUGUGACCAUGGUCUGCUGUAGAACCGCCCCUUUAAUGAUUGACAUCCAAACUGACCAACCACAGCCAGAGGAUAUGACCACUGAUUCCAUUGUUCAGGUACCGGUUGAGUUUGAGGAUUUCCUUGUCUCUGGCGAACCAGAAGACAGCCUGAAAAAUCAUGUGACUGAAGAGCCCACCGGAACGCCGUUAGCGAUGUGGGAAACGGAGAUACAGGACAUUGAACUAGAGAAAGGAGAGAGCGGACUGGGCUUCAGCAUUCUGGAUUAUCAGGACCCAAUGGACCCACUCAAGACGGUGAUUGUGAUUAGAUCGUUAGUUCCCGAUGGCGUAGCGGAGCGAGACGGGCGAUUGUUGCCAGGAGACCGUCUCAUGUAUGUCAACAACAUCAACCUGGAGAGUGCCAGUUUGGAAGAAGCAGUGCAGGCUCUGAAGGGAGCAAACAUGGGCGCCGUAAGCAUCGGGGUGGCCAAACCACUGCCCACUGAGGAUGAGGAAGGCUCUUCCUCCUUCAUCUUCUCGGCUCUGCUGCUGACGAAGGGCUGUGAUGGUGAUGAGGAGGAUGAAGCUGUGUUCCGCGCUGAACCUGCAGUGAUCGACUCUAGUGAUUUAGACCUGUCUGAUGAAAAGGCAUUUGAUCCUCAUUUUCUGGAGGAGGACGAGAUGCUGCAGUCGAUGAUUGCUGAGCACGGCAGCAUCUGCAGCGCUGAUCUGACCUAUCAGAAGAACAGACCCGCCUCCACACCGAAGAAGGAGGAUUUGCUUCCAGAUGAACCCUCAGACGAGGCCCAGCAGCUAAACGCCGCGGGGGGGAGCAGCUUUGAGAGGACCAUCACUGUGGUCAAGGGCAACUCCAGUCUAGGCAUGACGGUGUGUGCGCUGAAAGACGGGCCGGGGAUGCUGAUCCGCAGCAUCAUUCACGGCGGCUCCAUCAGCAGAGACGGCCGGCUCGGGGUCGGGGACCUGAUUCUGGCCAUCAACGGAGAGCCAACGGGAAACCUGACCAAUGCUCAGGCGCGAGCCAUGCUGCGCAGACACUCUCUGAUCGGACCAGACCUGGGAUCCACAGGUGCUGCGGGGGAAGAGCUGAGCCCCGUCUCUGUAAUCACGUAUGUUCCUGCAGAAUAUUUAGAGGAAUACUGGGCGAGCCAGCAGCUCCAGAGUGAUGAUCUCUCUGAUGGCAAAAACGACACUCAACAUCAGACAGUCUCAGAUCUUCCAGAGAGAGAAGAUGGAGAAGGACAGGAGAGUGAACGACAGACAGCAGCUUCCAACAGCUGGAAUCUACCACGGAGAGUGGAGUUGCACAGGGAAGCUGGGAAAUCUCUGGGCAUCAGUAUUGUUGGUGGGCGGGGCAUGGGCAGUCGCCUUAGCAACGGGGAAGUGAUGCGGGGCAUCUUUAUUAAACACAUCCUGGAGGACAGUCCAGCUGGACGCAAUGGCACACUGAAGACAGGAGACAGGAUUUUAGAGGUGGGCGGAGCGGAUCUGCGUGAUGCCAGUCAUGAGCAGGCGGUGGAGGCCAUCCGUAACGCUGGAAACCCCGUGGUGUUCCUGGUGCAGAGCAUCAUUCACAGAGACAGACCUGACUCUCUGUAUAGUUUUGAUUCACCUCCUGUCAUAGAGAAAUACGGGACGGUUUUAAAAUGCGUCCCUGUGCCAAAGUGUCAGACAUCUGCGCUGGAUGCAAUAGAGGACAUCUCAGCCUUCGAUCUGAAGAGCAGCAGUGAGAAGCUGAAUCGAGAGGAGGGAAAAAGCUUCCUGUCGACACCCGUCCUGUCACUGCCUGUCGUUCCACAUGUCGGGGAAACCGAUUCGGACACGCUGACGGAGAUUCCCGACAGACUCGUUCUUCAUAAUGACGGUCCUGAUGAGGAAGAGGAGGAUGAGUACGGAUACAGCUGGAAGAAGGUAACAGAGCGGUACGGUCGUUUACCGGGUGAGCUGCACAUGAUCGAGUUGGAGAAGGGUUGCACUGGUCUGGGUUUGAGUCUGGCAGGGAACCGGGAUCGUUCACGCAUGAGUGUGUUUGUGGUGGGCAUCGAUCCCAACGGCGCCACCGGCCGAGACGGACACAUUGUAGUGGGAGAUGAACUGUUAGAGAUAAACGGUCAGGUUCUGUACGGCCGCAGUCAUCAGAACGCCUCUUCCAUCAUUAAAAGCGCACCUUCAAAGGUCAAGAUCAUCUUCAUCCGGAACAGAGAUGCUUUGAGUCAGAUGGCUGUCGGGCCGAUGAAGGAGACCGACUCACUGGACACACACACUGAGACUGAGACGGCCCGCUCAACACUAGACGUGAUCCAGCACGUGACUCUACCUGUGGAGGAUGACAGCAGGAGCGGACGCAUCAUUCAGAGUCUGGAGGAGAACGGAGCGGCUGGAACGGACGGGCAGAAUGCAGCGGGACACCGGCUGCUCUCAGUGGAUGAUGAGAUGGUGCUGGGACUCUCUGUGGAAAAGGUGAUGUCACUGCUGCAGAAAGGCCAGCAAUCCGUCAAGCUCAGCAUCUGCACUGACUCCGCCUCCAAACCCUCCUCGUCCAAUCAGAUUUGCUCGGGAUCGGACCUGGGAAGCAGCCUGCCGCUGGUUUCUCUGACAUCAUCAGAGACAGAGCCAAUCAGGAAUUCGAGCAGAUGCUCCACACCGGCGACACUGGCGUCUGAUCCGGCAACAUGUCCCAUCAUCCCCGGCUGUGAGACCACUAUAGAGAUCUGCAAGGGCAGAACAGGACUGGGGCUGAGCAUCGUGGGCGGCUGCGACACUCUUCUGGGCACUAUAAUAAUUCAUGAGGUGUACGAGGAGGGAGCCGCAUCUAAAGACGGCCGCCUGUGGGCAGGAGACCAGAUUCUGGAGGUGAGCGGUGUAGAUCUGCGUGUGGCGACGCACGACGAGGCCAUCAAUGUUUUGCGGCAGACUCCGCAGUGUGUUUGUCUGACGGUCUUCAGAGACGAGGGUCAGUAUAAAGAGGACGAGCUGUGGGACUCUCUGAGCGUCGAACUUCAGAAGAAACCAGGCCACGGACUCGGACUCAGCAUCAUCGGGAGAAGGAGCGACACAGGGGUGUUCGUCUCGGACAUUGUGAAGGGUGGAGCGGUGGAGACGGAUGGACGGCUGAUGCAGGGAGAUCAGAUCCUCUCGGUUAACGGCGAGGACGUUCGUUCAGCCACACAAGAGUACGUGGCAGCGCUGCUCAAGAGUUGUGCUGGACCAAUCAGAUUGGAGGUGGGCCGUUUUAGGGCGGGGCCGUUCCACUCGGAGCGCCGUCUGUCUCAGAGCAGUCAGACCAGCGAGACGGGCAGCGGGAAGGUCACUCCUCUCUCCAGCUGUGCAGCUUUACAGGGAGACACGGAGAAAACACACGAGUUGCUGGAUAGAGACGUCAGGACGGUUGAAUUCACAAAGGGCCCGUCAGACUCUCUGGGCAUCAGUAUAGCUGGAGGGGUCGGCAGUCCUCUGGGUGACGUGCCCAUAUUCAUCGCCAUGAUGAACCCCAGCGGCCUGGCAGCUCAGACGCAGAAACUUUGGAUUGGAGACAGGAUUGUAUCUAUCUGUGGAGACUCGACUGAGGGAAUGACUCACAAUAAAGCUGUUUCACUGCUGAAGAACACGACGGGAAUCAUUCAGUUACAGGUGGUUGCUGGCGAUACAACAGUGACUGGACCGUCAGCAGAGCAGACAGCCAGCAGCAUUUUCCACGAUGACCUGGGUCCGCCGCAGUGUAAGAGCAUCAGUUUGGAGCGAGGGCCUGAUGGACUGGGCUUCAGUAUCGUGGGCGGAUUCGGCAGUCCUCACGGUGACCUUCCCAUCUACGUCAAAACCGUCUUCAGCAAGGGGGCCGCGGCGGAGGAUGGGCGUCUGAAACGCGGAGAUCAAAUCAUCGCCGUUAACGGCCAGAGUCUGGAGGGAGUCACUCAUGAGGAGGCCGUCUGUAUUCUGAAGAAAACCAAAGGAGCCGUCACACUCACUGUGCUGUCAUGAACACACACACACACACACACAGGUCCUGUAGAUGUUUCAGACACUAUGAAUGAGAGCAUUGUUUACUGCUAGUUUGUGGAGGAACCAGCAGACUGCUACAAUCUGCCAUACUACGCUGAGAGUGCAGAAACGAUCCACACACACACGUAUUUGUCCUUUAAAAUGCUGAAAGUGCACACAGCUGCGUGACACAACCCAUUACAAUGUACUUUCCCAUCAUUUCAGAAUUAGAAAAUGCACAAAUAUCUCUUUACUGAUGCGUUAAAAAAAACUGGGUGAGCUCCAUUGGUUUCUAUGCAAUUUGCCAAAAAUCAACUGUGU